GCCCACCCGCCCCCCGAGCCGGCAACAACUCGUUACCGCGAUCAGUCCGAGUACAAAUCGAUCCGUGUCGAUUAAAAGCAGGCAGGGAGGCAGGCAGGCGAUGGCGCCGAGCGCGUCGAUGCUGUUCCUGAGCUACCACCAGCUCCACCAGCCGGCGGAGGCGGCGCCGCGCAAGGAGGAGGCUGCUGCGGCGGGCGCCUUCCGCCGGCUCAGCUUGAGCAGCGCGCUGAGAUCGCUCCCUAUGUUCGAGCGGCGGCGGGAGGCGGCGCCGGCGGUGUGGGCCGAGGGGAAGAUGGUGCGCGAGCGCGACGCCGGCGAUGGCAUCUGCAGGUCGUCGCCGCCGCCGGCGGCGGCGGCGGCUAACAAGGAGCUGGAAGAAAAAUUCGACGAGGCGCUGCGCCUCAGCUGCUUGUCUUCCUGAACGAUCGAAAGCAGAGACGCAUGCAUGCCGUUCCCCCAUCAAAGCGAAGGAUUUGCUUCUUUCUCGUGUUGUCGAACACUACUACUAGUAUGUACAUAGCAUAAGGUCGUAGCUAACUACUGCUCCUGCUCUAUUUUGAUCUGUGCAUAUCCUUCCUUUCGCAAAAUCUUUGUAAGUAGACUCCUGCCGUUGUCGUUAUCGGAUCAAUCUUGUAAUAAACACGUGUUAUUUUGGAAUGAGUUUGGCUGA